AUGGCUUCAGGCACAACGAGCACCAACAUCUCCCGCGCUCUCAAGAGCUGCUUCAAGACAACUAAAUGCUCCAAGAACAAGAAGCGGCGCGUUCACUUCCCUAGCGGUACCCUUGAAACUGCGGCGCCGUCUGAGAUCAGCCGCAAACGAUCGUUCAACCGUGCAUUCAAGCGAUCCUCAGCACAGCGAGGUACAAAGGAGGAGAAACAGGAGGAGGCAAUAUCACCUGAGAUGCAAGAGCUCUGCCGUUUGUAUUACUACAUGACGCCUGCUGAACAGAGCAUGACGAGUGUCCAAAGCAUCGAUGAAGGCUGCACAGACGGAGGUAUAUACAGCAUCUUGGAGGGCAUAAUCAAUGAGCGCAAGGCAUUGAAAGAGAAGCUUACCGAGGAGAUGUUUGAGAUUUCUCAGGAGGUCUGGAAGGCUUUAGGGGAGAGGAUGAGGGAACGUGGGCAGCGUGGUGUGUGA